AGAAUCUUAGCUGGAAACAGUCCUCGAGUCCUCGGGGGUCAGAACGAACACUCCCCAUCCCAUCACUGUAAAAUCUUUAACGCAUUAGCACUACACACAGUAAAACACAGAGCGCCAUGGAAAACCCUGUUCUUUGAUAUUCAGCCUUCAAUCAUGGACCCUCUUGCUAACCCACCCAUGAGAAUGCACAACUUUUUCUUCCUUCUCGUGUUAACAUCCACCUGCGCCACUGCCACCACCGUCGUCGCCUCCCUUAACCGCCGGACGCUACACGAACCUUUCUUCCCGCAGGACCCCCCAAUACUCCCUCCGGUUCAACCUCCUUCUGCUCUGCCACCAUCUUCACCACCAUCGUUAAACGUGCCUUUUUUAUCUACCCCAACCCCAACCACAACCCCAACUAAUGACCAACCAUUCUUCCCGUCUUUCCCAUCACCGCCACCGCCACCUCCUCAGCCGUCUGCCUCCUCUUCCGCCUCUUUCCCGGCCAACAUUUCCUCCCUUAAUCUCCCCACCUCCCCGAAACCAAAACGCGUUUCAUCCAAACUCAUUCCCAUUGCCAUUACUCUCGCCAUUGCUGCCGUUGUUGUUCUUUUCAUUGUUGCUUUUUUGAGGAUUAAAAAGCGAAGGUAUCAUGACGAUUCUCAGUCUUUAAGUGAUGAAAAACCUCAAAGAUCUUAUACUAACAGUGUGUUUAGUGCUGCUGCGAAUAAUGUUGGUGGGGUAAGUGGUGGUGGAAAUAGUAGUUAUAAUCGAAUCCCGAAGCUCAAUCGCCCGUCGCAAACGAGCUCGGAGUUCCUUUAUCUAGGCACGCUUGUUAAUUCUCAUGGUGGGGUCGAUGCUACUGGUACCAGUGGUCGUCAUAAUCGUGGUGAAGAGGAGUCGAGUUUGCAAAAGGUGGGUUCGCCGGAGCUCCGCCCGUUACCGCCGUUAAGUGGUAGCGGUGGCGGACGUAGUCAAACUAUUAUGCAAAAUGGAUGUUAUGAAACCUCUGAGGUGGAAUCGAAAGACGAAGAGUUUGACGAAUUUUACUCUCCGAGAGCAUCGGACGGUGGUGGAUCCGGUGCUAGACGAGCUUUUACCGUCGCCGCGGCGACCGGUAACUAUCAGUCGCGUAGGAGUAUUGGGUCGGUUUCUUCUUCGUCCUACUCCUCGUCAAGUUCAGGGUCUCCGGCGAGGUCCAUUUCGUUAAGUAUUUCUCCGCCGGUUAGCCUGAGCCCGAGAAAUUCAAGACUGAAAUCGCCAGACCUUGUUGCAAUUCAAACUGCUCCUCCGCCGUCUCGGCCACCUCCACCACCCCCACCGCCGCCGCAUCCUUUAAUAAUCCCGUCUCCGGAUGUUGGUUUGAGUAAGAACAGCUUAGAGUCGUCACCCAGACUAUCAAACUCAUCAAACGAUCAAAGCUCUCCUCUGGCGAGAAUCCCGCCACCGCCGCAGCCACCGACGAAGCACAGAGAAACCCUAAUUCCCACAACUCCACCACCAGCAACUCGGCUGAAUCCACCGGUUUUGAUCAAACCUGCAAGACAUGUGCCUAUAUCUAGCCAUCAACCAGCGAUUUCUCCUACAGAAAUGUUGCCGAUAAAUCAAGAAAAUCUUGAAACAAACGAGAAAGCCCCAAAACCAAAAUUAAAACCUCUUCAUUGGGAUAAAGUGAGAGCAAGCUCUGAUCAUGAAAUGGUUUGGGAUCACCUCAAAUCCAGCUCCUUUAAAUUAAAUGAAGAGAUGAUAGAGACAUUAUUCAUUGUAAAACCACCAAAUGCAAAUUCAAACGAAAAAUCAACAAUCAAACGCCAGAUUCUUUCCUCAACAAUCAGCCAUGAAAACCUAGUUCUUGAUCCAAAGAAGUCUCAGAACAUCGCAAUCUCAUUGAGGGCACUUGGCGUGACAACUGAGGAAGUUUGUGAUGCACUUUUAGAAGGCAAUGCAGAUACACUGGGCACCGAGCUCCUUGAAAGUUUAAUGAAGAUGGCUCCAACAAAAGAGGAAGAACGUAAACUUCAAGAACAUCAAGAUGAUUCACCUCUCAAACUUGGUCCAGCUGAGAAAUUUCUCAAGGCUGUUCUUGAUGUGCCUUUUGCAUUUAGAAGAGUCGGUGCAAUGCUCUUUGUUUCCAAUUUUGAUUCAGAAGUCGAAUACCUCGAACAAUCGUUUCAAACUCUAGAGGCUGCUUGUGAAGAACUUAAAAACAGCAGGAUGUUCCUAAAACUGCUAGAAGCUGUGCUCAAAACCGGAAACCGUAUGAAUAUUGGCACAAACCGUGGUGAUGCUCAGGCAUUCAAACUCGAUACCCUCUUAAAACUCAUUGAUGUUAAGGGUGCUGAUGGAAAAACCACCCUCUUGCACUUUGUUGUUCAAGAGAUAGUUCGAACUGAAGGUCUUUCAAAUGUCAAGAAAGCUGCUGGAAUGGAUUCCGAGGUUCUGAAUGGGGAUGUGGUGAGACUAACAAACGGGAUUGCAAAUAUUAUGGAUGUUGUUAGAUUGAUUGAAGCAGGAGGUUCAAACAACAAGACAUUUUCCAAUGCAAUGAAGAAAUUCUUGAAGAUAGCACAAGAGGAGGUCAUCAAGAUUCAUGCCCAGGAAGCGGUGUCACUUUCUGUAGUCAAAGAAAUCACUGAAUAUUUCCAUGGAAACUCAGUGAAAUUUGAAGCUCAGCCUUUUAGAAUCUUUAUGGUGGUGAGGGAUUUCUUGACUGUUCUUGAUAGGGUCUGCAAGGAAGUUGGUUCCAUAAACAUGGAAUCCACUCAGAAACUGCCAGUAAUGGUAAACCGAGGUCCAGUUUUUGAUGGAUUUCAUGGAAAGCGACAGUACAGUUCUUCCGAUGAUGAAAGCUCUUCUUCUCUGUAG